AAACUAUUAUAUGGACAUAACAAAAUGUAAGCUAUUGCGUUGUAUUUGUUACAUGAUUUUGUAUACAAAAUAAGUCAUACACAAAUAGAAUAAAUUAAAUAACACGAAUAUGUGCAGUAAAAAACAAUAUUAUUGAUACUAUAAGGAUUCAGCAAACCGAUUUAUGUAAUGAAAUGUAUUCUUCUAACCUACAGUGUAGUAAUAAUCAAUUAUGACAAGUGUAUUUUAACAAAACAAAAUUUUAUUUCUCCAAAUUAAUAUAAAAUUAUACAUGAAUUGUUUUGUUUGAAUACAAAUGACAUCAUGAACAUCAAUAAUAUUAAUAAUGAAGACGAAGAUGUAAUAAUACAGGGCACUGCUAUAUAUGAACAUUUAUAUAAUUUAGGGUACAUGGAUUUUGAAAGUGUAUUAAUACCUAAAUCUAUAAUCAAAACUGAAGAAAAAGAAUCUAAAUUAGCUGGCCUUUUAUACAGUGUAAAAGAUUGUUUAAGAAAGUGUUUUGUUAAGUGUUUAAAAAUUAUUCAGGAUGAUGAUUUAUCUAACAAACAGAUAAACACUAUUUUAAAUGCAAAAGUACUUUUAAGUGAUCAUGCAAUUGCCAUACAUAAUUUUCUAGACAAAUAUCAUUUAAGAUCAUGGAGGACUACAGUGUUACAGUUUGUUUCACUUGGUGUACUUUCAUCACCUGCAAUGUAUAUUGCAUAUAAAACUCAGUAUAAAAGCUUUACUUAUUUUUUCAUAUCUGUUGUAUUAUGUUACAUCAGUUAUAUAAAGUGUUUGAGAAUACAAUCAUAUGUAGAUUUAAGAUCUUUUGUAAUCUUACAAAAUGACUUAUUCAGUCUUUGUAAAAAGGGAUUAAAAAUUUUGAAAUAUGGGUAUAAAAUAAAACUGAACAAAGGAAAGAACUCUCAACAAUUUUACAAUCUUACAGCAGAUAGGCUAAAAUAUUUACAACCCAUGGUAGAAAAUUUGGUAAACUGUUUAGAAAAUGCUUCACAUAUUCAUUACUGUACCUCCUUAAUUCUUAUCAAAUUGUUACCAGCAAAUGUUAUUCAUGAACAUUUAUUAACUAAAUUUGAAUCUACAUCAUUUGCAAUAAAGGGUGAAAUACAUUAUCAAAAACUGAAGACUUUAUAUCACACCUACAUUCUCACGCAAUCAGAAAUGUUACAUUUAAUGGCUAUUGCAUAUGAUAAUUAUACUUGGCAACAAUCUUAUAGCAAAAUUCCAGAAUUAAAAUUAAUUUACAUUAUACGAUUUUUAAUCAAACGCUUGACAGUAUAUAAAAACAAACUGUCAGAAAUUGUCAAUGCAUACUAUAGCUUUAAGGUGGAACCAAUGGUGUACAAAUACAAGGGACCACUUUCUACACAGUGGCAAGAUUUAUAUAUGCACGUAUAUUUAGCUUCUAACAAGUUACAAUUAGCUUAUAGUCACAUACUAUCAAUACUUCAGGAUAUUGAUAAUGUUAGUGAAACCAUGAUAUGUGAAGAUAUGGUAGAAAAUAUAGAACAAAAGUUGAAUGCAGCUCAGAAAGAUAUUGAAAAUGCAAAAGAUUUUGUCGAAUUUAGUAAUUUAUUCCUUGUAAAAACAAAAAUUAAUAAUUUUACAAAUAAUCCUAUAGAAACAAAUAUUUCAGCAUCAGUCCCAGAUUCUGAUAUUCCUAUUGUAUAUAACUUAGAACCACAAAUUCUAGAUGAAGUAUUUGAAGAAUACAUUAAAGAAGAAUAUUUGAAACCUUUAAUUGAUGAAAGCAAUGAAAUUUCAUUAUACAAUUAUAAACGGGACAAAUCAUUAAUUAAAAGUUUCAUGUCCGAAUUAAAGGAUGUUUUAGUUGAUAAACAAAAAUUGAUGUCUGAAAGAGAAUCGAAAGCCCUCGAACGAAUGUACAAAAACGUAAUGAAAAAAACUACUGCAGAUAGUCAACAUUAUCAGAUUCCUAUACCUCCACCAAUGCCUUCAUUUAACGCACCUGUAGUAGCACAGAACCAUACUGAAACAAAGCAAACUUGUAAUAGCCCAGUUGACAAGUUGCAAUUAAAUCAAGUAUCUGAAAAACUUGAUAACAUAAAAUUAUUAUCCAAAAGUCAAACAAAUUUAAAAGAAAAGGAUUCGAAUGAAGUUUCUUCUGAAGAAACAUUAUCAAUUCCAAUUAUAACUUUACCAAAAAAUAAAGAAUUUUCAUCGUUCUUGCCACCACCGUUUUUAAAAGCUGACGAAGAAACGUUUAUAGGUAGUGGUGAAAAUUCUGAAGAUGAGGAAAGUAUCACUGAUACAAACGAUCAAUAAAACUCAAUCAAUUAUUAAGGAAA